CUAUUGGCUGAGGCCGUGUCCACUAGCGGGGAGGAUGGGAGAUGCGGCGCUUCAUUAUGUCUGCUUAUUUAUUUUUUUUUAUAAAAUAAGGAAUUAAAGCUAAAAUACUUAAACUUCAUCAUGUCCAUGACCACGUUUCAGAAGAUGACUGUGGUUUCGUGUGUGUGUGUUUGUGUCGCGCUGCUGCUACCGAAACUGCUUUUAUCCGGAGGAGGAGGAGGAGGAGGAGGACGGAGGGAUCCAGUCAGUGCUGAGGGAGCUCAUUUCCCUCCUAUGCUCCAGAGGAAGUCAGUACCGGCGCCCCCUCGAGGUGCAGGAGGGAACAGCGCUCAUCAGUCUGAAGCCAUCUCCAGGGCUAAAGGCAGCACAGCAGGGGCAGGAAAAUCCAACCUGGCAGGACAGAUCAUUCCUGUUUACGGAUUCGGAAUCCUGCUCUAUAUUCUCUACAUUAUCUUCAAGAUCACAUCUAGAAGGAAAGUGAAUAAAUCUCACGAGAGCCGAUUUCCUGCAGCGAGAUCAGAGAACAUGAAGAGAAAAAUCACGGAUUUCGAGUUGACGCAGCUGCAGGAACGUUUGAAGGAGACGGAGGAGGUGAUGGAGAGAAUCGUAUCAAGAGCUCGAGACACACGGAGAGCAGAGUGUGUGAGUGUGGAUCAGGAGGAGAAGCUGCUGCUCCAGCUCAGAGAGAUCACUCGGGUGAUGCAGGAGGGACGUUUAUUAGACAGUUUUCCUCCUGAGGCGGAGUGUGAUCAGUCUAUAGAUGAUCCUGAGGAGAUGCUGAAACACUGGAGUUCUCAUUGCUGCCCCAUCCACCAUCAGACGGACGAGGAGACGGGACGAACAGACAGAUGGAUGGACGGCUGUGAGAGAAAUGAUUGUGGUGAUGCAGGAGGUGAGGAAGAGGAAGAGAUUUGUACAGAGAUGAUGAUGGAGCAGUCUGAGAUCCAGAGCUGGAACACAGUACUGUCAGGAGGACACGUGAUCAGGUGCAGGAGCACAAGAGGAACCACCCAAGGAACUGAAUCCUCUCACUGAUGGCUCCAAACGCUGAUCCUGACAAUUUCUGCACUUAAUUUUGUUUGCAUGCUGCUUCACUUUCACCACGUGUCAUUUCUGUUCACGUGAUCUUGCAUGCUGAUGAUUCCUCUUUAUCUUGUAGAACUUGAACAAAUAAAGAGGAGUAAAAGGGACACGACUGUCAGGAAACAAACAACCAUAAAUAAAACUCAUUCUGACUUGUGUUACAAAAAGAGCAGCGCUUAAUUAAACUCGAGCAGCCAAUAAGACUCAUGGAACAUCAUCGAUGGUAUAAUAUUAAUCACGUGACUGGAGCGAGAACUGGGAUAGAAUCAGAGCUUGUGGUGUUCCAGAUGUUUUAACUGCUUAUGUAAGUGUAUGAAGUAGAAAGUGUUGGUUGUUGCAGUCCACACAACUGGACUUCACAAGCACGUGAUCUUGUGACCAGUGUGCGCUCUGUACUGGGACCCCUGGUGUUCAAACUGUGGAACUGCAUUAGUUUAUCUUGAACAGAACACUGAUCGGACGUCACAUCAGAUGUUUACAUGACGGCGGAACAGAGGAAUGUUGGAAAUGUAUUUUAUUGGCCUGUCGUCAGUACAGAUAGAAAAACAUAAGCAUGGAUUUAAAUUUAGGACGAACGCUGAAGCUCCUUAAAUGUGAAGAAGGAAAAUAAUUCAGGUUCUCAGUGUUCCAUCGGCUCAUCAGAGGGAGCUGGAGCAGCAUCAUCCGCAGGCUGGACAGGCUGGAACACACACACACACACACACACACACACACACACACACACACACACACACACACACAGAGUUAUUAAAUAUCAUGAUAAUGAAUAUUUCUAAAAUGAGGAGUCUUUAUUGCACAAAAACCACAUCAUUCUGACCUCCAGCAGUUUAUUACAGAUAAAUAAAUGUGUGUGUGUUUGAACACCAGUGUGUGUGUGUGUGUGUGUGUGUGUGUGUUUCUGCCUCCUUCUGUUCUGUUCUUCAGCUCCUGUUUAAACCCACCUCCUGUUCUCACUAGUCCCUACUCUGGAGAAGCACGUUCACUAUGUAGUGCACUUUAGGGAGAAGGCUGCACACUGCUGUAGUAGUAAAUAAAUAAGUUAUUUUUCUUUCUGUCCUCGGUCUCUCUCUCUCUCUCUCUCUCUCACACACACACACACACACACACACACACACACACACAAUCAUCUGAUGAAGAUAAAGAGGAGAGUUAAAGUUCUUACCUUCCUCUGUGGUCUCUCCUCUAAUCCCUCGAGAAACGGAGCCACAUCAUCAUCAUCGUAGAUGGUAAACUCCAGAUCUUUACCCACAAUUCCAAUGGACACGUUCUGAAAAUCACACACACACACACACACACACACACACACACACACACACACACACACACACUGAGCAUAAAUAUAGCAUGUAUAUUUGUGAGUGUAAAAUACAACAGCCGUCCUGGAGAUGUUUAAUUCAGUUUAGUGUGUGUUAGACACCAUGACACACUGCCUUCUAACUCUACUACAAUUUCAUUUAUCUUCAUACAUUCUACCCAUACGUGUGUGUGUGUGUGUGUGUGUGUGUGUGUGUGUGUGUGUGUGUGUGUGUUCUUACAGUCAGAGAAGCGCUCCAUGUGUCUCUCCAGGUACGUGCGUGCAGACUGUGAGCGUGCGCCGAUGGACAUGGCCUUACAGUCAAAGUAAUUAGCAGACGGACAAGUCUGAAAGAUGUGAGGUCCAAUGUC